AUGCUUCGUCUGAAUCUUCAAAAGCCUGUUUUUCACAGGCAGUUCAAUAUACAAAGGCGUAGUUUCCUUACAGCUGCAGCAUUGACGCUUGGAAGUUUUAUAGUUGGUCGUGAUGCAAGAUUGGCAGAUGCUAUGGAUAGGGGUGAUCUUCAUAAUAAGAACGACGAUGUUCAAACUCUGAAGAAGGAAGAGCAGGAAAGAAGAUUGAAGAUUUUACGAGACACAAGACCAAUGAAGCCAAGAUAUGAUGGACAUGUACCUCUGUACCCCCAUGAGCGUGUAAUACUUUUUGUCGUUUCAGGUCUAAAGUCAUACUUUCAUCCAGAGGACGGGGACAAUAUAGUGCAAUUGGGAGAGGCAUCAGCAUUUACUUUCUUUCUCAACAAUCUGAAGGAGGUUAUGCUUUCGGAUAAAGUUGGUAGGCAAAUUCUCAGAGAGCAGCCAAACAUUACCUCGGAGAGUAUUCAUAUGGACGAUUUAAAAGAAAUGGCGCCAAAUACUCUCGGAUACACUUAUUAUAAGUGGCUCAAAAAGGAGGGCGUAUCGCCCGAUACGCGUGCACCCGUAUCAUAUAUCGAUGACCCGAUUCAUGCCUACAUUUUCAAGAGAUAUAGACAGUGUCAUGAUUUCUAUCAUGCCAUAAACGAUUUGCCAAUCAUCAUCGAGGGAGAAAUUGCAGUUAAGGCAUUGGAAGCCGCAAAUAUAGGUGUUCCGAUGGCUGCUUUGGGUGCUUUGCUGGCACCUUUGAGGUUGAAGCCCGUACAGAGAAGGAGAUUGUAUGACAUUUACUUACCUUGGGCCGUCAAAACUGGUUUAAGUUGUAAGCCGUUGAUUAACGUUUAUUGGGAGAAAAUUUUAGAUAAGGAUGUCGAAGAAUUAAGAAAAGAAUUAGGUAUUACACCACCACCUGAUUUGAGGGCGGUCAGGAAAGAACGUGCUAAGCAAAGACAGCAAUUUAAAUUGAAAUACGAGUCUUAUGAAAAAAGCUGA